AUGGUCAAGUUUCAACAAAGUAAGACGAAGCCCAGCUUUAUUCUCACUGUCCUUGGCCUGAGCCUUACCGCUAUUGCGGCUCCUACUCCGCUGAACUUCCAUAAAGAGCUUGAAGUCCGUGACGUUGGUCUCGAUGACGCUGCACCUACUCCUCCAACUCCUCCUACCCCACCUACACCUGAGAAUGUUCCCGUUGCUUAUGUUCCUCCCGGAAAGGGCUCGGGCUAUUACCCUGCAGUCCAAGCUAACCCACCGACUCCGCCAACUCCUCCCACCCCUCCCACUCCUCCUAGCCCUUCUGGUGUGUAUGGACCGAUUAUCGGUAAUGGAAACUACCCAAAUCUCCCUGCUGCUCCCCCGACUCCUCUCACUCCGCCUACUGCCCCUACCUAUUCUGCAGGAUACUGA